GCUACUUGUCCAGAACUUCAAACGCUCCUGCCCGGUCCUUGUGGUUCGAUCAGCUCGUCUACAUUGUCGCGUCCCCUUAUCAAUCCUCCUGCUAGUACGCCUGAGUUAGCGCGUCGCAUCGCAUCUACCCUGCAUACUACGCUUCAGCGUUGCGUCUGCACAGCUGUUCCGUCUGCGAUCUGCCUCUGACAGUGCGCCAUUAGCCACCCAAGUCGAAAGAACAAUCAGAAGCCUCUCGCUGCUCUCUAUCGCUCAAGAUGGCUUUCAUGAAUACUACCUCCAGCAUUGCCAUGGCCCUUGCUGGCAAGACUGCCUCCGUUGAUAUCCCCAAGCCUCGUCCCGGUUUCCCCAUGGGGGGCCGCGACUCCGCUCGCCCUGGACAUCCUGCGAUGCUGCCUACUCCGCCCAACUCCAUAUCCCCCACUUUGCCUCCGCAGGGCUUCAGACGACAGGACGCUAAUCCGGGAUACUCCCCGCUUGCCUCGUCGCAUGUGGAGUCUGAUGUCGACCUCGAAGAUCCCGCCGAUCAUGCAAACAGUUCUAACGGCGCCCGCACCGCCGCUCAUGACCUGGAUAGCACCGGGGCCAUCACACCAGGAAUGUUGGCCAAGUGCCACCUUCCUGAGAUUAUGCUUCAGCAUGGCCCCUUGGCGAUUCGCCAUCUUAUGGGCUAUCUGACGACUUGCGUCCCUGGGUUCUCAAGGAUUCCCCCUGCCAAAGCACGCAGGCUGGUGGUGGCUGCGCUGGAAGGCCGAGGCAGCGAUGAUAAGACUGGAGGUCGUGAAAGCGAUGUUGUCUUCGAAAAGGUUGGAUGGGGUCGCUGGGACGCUCGCCGCCGCGGUGAGCAGUCUCGGGAUGCGCAACACCUCAACGUGUCGCCACCCUCCAGCGUCUCCAACUCUUUCCCUCAGCGGGGCAUGCAGAUCCCUACAAAGCGGGAGAGUGUACAGCCGUAUGGCAGUAGCGUUACGGGCGACUCAGCUGUCUUCUCAUAUACCGAAAUGGAUUAUGGUGGGCAUGAUAUCAGCAUGUUGGAACAUGAGGCAGAUAAGAUGUCUCUCGAUGGGGACGAGCGCGAGUACUGCUCGUCUUCUGAAGCUCCUGAUGAUGAGAUGCAUGAUGAUGACUGGGGCGAAGAGGAUGUCACAGAUGAGGAAGAUUGGGCACAGAUAGGUGCUGCGGCGCUUCGCGCACGAUCUUUGAAUGCCACGGGUGGCUUUGUGCACGGGGCACUUCCAUCGCCGCAACUCCGCGGCGGAGGUCCCGCUGCGUCAUCGCUGGCGAAGUCCGCACCGCUCAGAAUCCCUGUUCAACAGCUUGGCUUUACUCUUCCGGAGGGCGUCAUGGGCGACCGGGAAGAGCGUGCGGCAGUCGAGGCGCUCUUACGACUUGGAUCAAUGUAAUAUAUGUCACGGACAGGCGUUUGCGACGUUCAUAUACCCUGCAACGCCUGCGUUCCUCGAUGGUUUUGAGGCUGGCCCUGCUUUACACUCCUUACGUUCUACGAUUUGA